CGGUAGCCAUGGCAGCGGCCGGGCGCGCGGCUGGGCGGAGGGAAGAUGGCGGUGACAGGCUGGUUGGAGAGUCUGCGGGCGGCCGAGAAGACCGCGCUGCUGCAGGACGGGAGAAGAAAGGUGCACUAUUUGUUUCCAGAUGGGAAGGAAAUGGCUGAAGAAUAUGAUGAGAAGACGAGUGAACUACUUGUGAGAAAGUGGCGUGUAAAAAGUGCCCUGGGAGCCUUGGGCCAGUGGCAGAUUGAGGUGGGAGAGCCAGCAUCCCAUGGAGCAGGGAACCUGGGGCCUGAACUCAUCAAGGAAAGCAAUGCCAAUCCCAUCUUCAUGCGAAAGGACACCAAGAUGAGUUUCCAGUGGCGGAUUCGAAACCUCCCCUACCCUAAAGACGUCUAUACUGUCUGUGUGGACCAGAAGGAGCGCUGCGUAGUCAUCAGAACAAGCAACAAAAAGUACUACAAGAAGUUCUCCAUUCCUGACCUGGACAGAUACCAGCUACCUCUGGAUGAUUCUUUGCUGAGCUUUGCUCAUGCCAACUGCACCCUGAUCAUUUCCUACCAGAAGCCAAAGGAGGUCCUGGUGGCUGAGUCAGAACUGCAGAAAGAGCUGAAGAAGGUAAAGACAGCCCAUAGCAGUGAUGGAGACUGCAAGACCCAGUAGUGGACCCUGAGCUUGAAUCUCUGGCAUGGAGAGUGGGUGAGGCUCCUCCUGUCAGCGUGCGAGACUUUCUGGCACAGGGGCAUUCUCUUCUCUUUCAAGAGCUCCCAGGCUCUGUAAGAACUGGCCCUCAGGCUACUCCUAGCUUCCCUGCAUCAUGGUCUUAUCUCCUGAGUAAAGUCAUUCCGAGUGACUGUGGGUA